AUGAGCUGCAGCUAUCUGCUUUGCACCAUCCUGCUCUUCGUGGCCGUGUUGUUGGCCGUCACUGUAACCGGCACCAUCCUUUUUAUGAACCACUACCAGGCCCCGCCCAUGUCCGACGGCCUACCGCACAUCUCCACCAAUCAGGAUGAAGCCAACGCCCUGGUCACCGUGGAGAGAGGCGACGGCUCUCGCAUCAACAUCUUCAUCGACCCCAACUGUCCCGACUACAACAGUAACUUUCUGCGGCUGGAGGGCGUGCAGACGUCCCUGCUCCACUCGCUCAGCGACCACGACUCUGACCUGAAGUCAGUGAAAGGUCAGGACCGGGCUCUCCUCGUCAGCCUGGCAGAGGAGGUGGCCAAGCUGUCGGCCCACGCGGGGCAGCUGAAGAUGGACUAUGAGUCUUUACGCAGGGGGCAGGGCAGCCUGGGGCAAGACCUGAACACGCUGCAGACGGAGCAGGGACGCCUCAUCCAGCUGCUGUCAGACAGCCAGAUCAACAUGGUGAAGGUAGUGAACUCUGUGAGUGACGCUCUUAACGCCAUGCAGAAGGAGAACGUGGGCCUGAAGGCGCGCGUCAAGGCCGACCUGCAGAGGGCGCCGGUGAGAGGGGCCCGCUUCAAGGGCUGCGCCAACGGUGAGAGAAGCCAGGCCUGUCGGCCCAGAUUGGGCUCGCGUCCCCGUGACUGUGGUGAUCUGUACGCCGGCGGUCAGCGAGAGGACGGCAUCUACUCGGUGUUUCCUGUUCACUCCCCCGCGGGCUUCCAGGUCUACUGCGACAUGACCACGGACGGAGGAGGCUGGACGGUGAUCCAGCGCAGGGAGGACGGCUCGGUCAACUUCUUCAGAGCGUGGGAGUCGUACCGCGAGGGAUUCGGAAAGAUCACCGGCGAACACUGGCUGGGGCUGAAGCAGAUCCAUGCCCUGUCCAUCCAGGGGAACUACGAGCUGCGUAUCGACCUGGAGGACUUUGAAAAUAGCACCGCUUACGCCCAGUAUGGAACCUUCGGAGUGGGCCUCUUCUCAGUGGACCCUGAUGAUGAUGGGUAUCCUUUGACUGUGGGAGACUACUCUGGCAAUGCAGGCGACUCUCUGCUGAAGCACAACGGGAUGAAGUUCACCACCAAAGACCGGGACAACGACCACUCGGAGAACAACUGCGCCGCCUUCUACCACGGCGCCUGGUGGUACCGCAACUGCCACACCGCCAACCUCAACGGGCAGUACCUGCGCGGCCAGCACACCUCCUACGCCGACGGCAUCGAGUGGUCCUCCUGGACCGGCUGGCAGUACUCCCUCAAGUUCUCCGAGAUGAAAAUGCGGCCGACCCGCGACCAGGAGAACAAAUGA